CCGACUGGAGAUCUUUGAGAGCGGUCUCAAGGCAAUUAUGGAAGUGAACACCACUUCUGAUCACAUCAACACAACACAUGAAUAUGGAAACAAUGACACUGAGUAUGACUAUUUUGAUCAGUAUGCUGAGCUGAGAAAGCCUCUUCACACCAUGUCGCUCAUCGUGUACAGCCUGGCCUUCGUUUUUGGCGUGCUGGGGAAUGGAGUUGUUAUCUGGAUGACCGGGUUCAAGAUGAAGAAAACUGUUAACACAGUUUGGUUCCUCAACCUUGCCGUGGCCGACUUCCUCUUCACAGCGUUCCUGCCCCUGAGCGUGACGUACACAGCUAUGGAUUUCCACUGGCCUUUCGGCAAGUUCAUGUGCAAACUGAACAGCACCAUAAGCUUUCUCAACAUGUUCUCCAGCGUCUACAUUCUGGUGGUGAUCAGUGUGGACAGAUGUGUGUCUGUGGUGUGGCCCGUCUGGGCCCAGAACCACCGAAGUGUACGCAAGGCGUCCGGUGUGAGUCUGGGUGUUUGGGUACUGGCUCUGAUUCUCAGCGCUCCAUACUUCAUCUUUAGGGACACGGGGCCGUCAUAUAACAACGACGACAUCAUUGUCUGCUUCAAUAACUUCGCAUUUUCUGAUGAUUAUACAACACCGUCUGUGAUCGAGCUGCGAAAUUUUCGUCUCCAGGCCAUGACCAUCACCCGCUUCCUCCUGGGAUUUGUUGUCCCCUUCACUGUCAUUGUCUCCUGUUAUGCUGUGAUAAUCCAUCGUCUCAGAAGAAACCGCACCCUGGCCAGCCAGUUAGGACGGACCUCUAAGAUUAUUGCUGCUGUUAUCACCAGUUUUUUCCUGUGCUGGGCUCCUUAUCACAUCAUGGCUCUAAUUGAGCUGGUAAAUGAGAUGGCUACUCAUGCAACAUUGGACCAUGUCACCACUAUCGGAGUUCCUAUAGCAACCAGCCUGGCCUUUAUCAACAGUUGCUUGAAUCCACUGCUGUAUGUGUUCAUGGGCCAAGAUUUCAAAGAUAAAGUCCGCAAAUCCAUCCUGAAUGCACUGGAGACUGCCUUCCAGGACGAGGUUUCUCGCUCUCACACUGAUGCAAAGUCAGUGGACACCAGUCACAGCAAAGACAAGUCAGUGCUUAGUACUGAGGUGUAAGAAGUUGUGAGCCCCUCUACCACCAUAAUGUUGUGAUUUAAUGAUUUAAGGUGGCUUAGAAAUGGUGAAUAUCAAUUUUAAUUAAUAUCCAACAUACAUAUAUAUAAAAAUCUUAAAGGAGUGUUUAUUAAAAAUUAUAGUCCCCUUAUAAGAGCAGUCAAUAAGACUGACAACCCCUUCCCUAAUCAGCAACAAUAUCAUCGUCCAUCAUGAUAUUUCACUGUGGACAUCGCCCAGCCCUACUACGCAUAGCAAAGCAUUGUGACACAAAUCCAAAUGUAUGUAUCAGAUUACUUUUUUUUUGCUUUGGUUGUCUUUGUACAAGAGCCCUCAAAUCAAGCUGUAAACAUC